AUGGUGUCCGAUCGACAAAUUGAAACCAUAUCAGGUCUAGCGGCAGGGUUCUCAACUACGAUUGUGACCCAUCCUCUAGAUCUAAUCAAAGUGAGACUUCAGCUCUCUGCAGAAAGAAGCAAGUACCCAUUCAGUUUAUUGAAGAAUGUCCUCUCUAAGAUCCACGAAACUGCAAAUAUUGAAUAUCAAACUCUGAAGCAGCAACCAAAAACUCACAAAAGACUUGUACUACCUAAAAGUUUCUACACUUUAAGCCAGUACUACAGAGGAAUUGGUCCCAACUUAAUUGGUAAUAUAUCUGCAUGGGGUUUGUACUUCACAUUGUACGCAGAAUUUAAAGCAAACUUAGUUAAGACUGACCUGAACACUGUAAACUAUUUUGCUUCUUCAACGUUAGCAGGAGUAUCGACUUCCUUAUUAACAAAUCCGAUCUGGGUUUUAAAGACCAGAAUUCUUGGUUCUUCAAAACAUGACAAUAACGCUUACAAAUCGAUAUUCGAUGGAGUUAAACAAAUUCUAAGGACUGAGGGACCAAAGAGCUUUUGGAAGGGAACGAUUCCCAGUAUGUUCCUGGUAUUCCAGGCCAGUCUACAAUUUACAUUCUAUGAUCACCUAAAGAACUAUUACACUUCUACUCCAAGCUCCACAUCAACAUAUUCACUCUCCACCGGUCAAUAUAUUUAUAUAUCUGCAACCUCAAAAAUUUUGAGUAUGGUGAUUAUGUACCCCAGUCAAAUGGUGAAGGCGAGACUCCAAAAUUACCAUGGGACGGGGAAGACUAUAGUAAGUGUAUGUAAGGAUAUUUGGCAUAAUGAAGGUAAAUUGAAGGGAUUUUACAAGGGAGUUGGAGCUAACAUGAUUAGAGUUGUUCCUGCCACUUGUAUAACUUUAGUGGUGUAUGAGAGUGUAAAAGAUCUCUUAAAGAAAAGGCAAUAA